AUGCACAUCAAGCAGAUUAUCAUCCAGGGCUUCAAAAGUUACAAAGAUCAGACAGUUAUAGAGCCUUUCUCCCCUGGAACCAAUGUUAUCGUCGGGCGUAACGGGUCCGGCAAGAGUAACUUUUUCGCUGCCAUCAGAUUCGUGCUCAGCGAUGCCUACACCAACAUGAGCCGCGAGGAGCGGCAGGCUCUUCUCCACGAAGGAUCAGGGUCUGCCGUCAUGUCCGCCUACGUCGAGAUUAUCUUCGACAACCAGGACAAACGCUUCAGCGAGCCGGGCGACGAGGUCGUGAUCCGCCGGACAAUUGGUCUCAAAAAGGACGAAUAUUCAGUAGAUAGGAAGGUUCAGACCCGCGCUGAUGUUCUCAAAAUCCUUGAAACUGCCGGGUUUGCCAAGGAGAAUCCAUUUUACAUCGUACCCCAGGGACGCAUUGCCGCCAUUACCAACAUGAAGGAAUCCGAGAGACUUAACCUGCUGAAGGAGAUCGCGGGCACAAACACAUACGACGACCGGAGGAUACAAUCACUCAAGAUCAUGGCUGAGACCAACAGCAAACGCGAGAAGAUCGACGAGACCCUGGUGUACAUCAAGGAGCGACUAAGCGAGCUCGAGGAGGAGAAGGACGAGCUCCGCGACUUCCAGGACAAAGACAGGGAGCGCAGGUGUCUCGAGUAUGCGCACUGGCACCGUCUGCAGGCGACCAAUGCCGAUACCCUAGAGCAGCUCGAGGAAGCGAGACAGGGAGGUGCCGGAGCUUCGACCAAGGACCGUACACAGCUCCAGAAAACGGAAAAGGAAAUCAGCAGCUUGGACCAGACCUCGCACGAGUUGAGGCAGAACUUGGAUUUGCUGGCUAUGGAACGGCAACAACUCGACGAUGAUCGUAAAGAUGCCGCUCGGUCGCGAGCAAAGGCCGAGCUGAAAGCGAAGCACCUGGACGAAAACAGGCACGCACGGGAACAAGCGCUGCAGAAGCAGGAAGCAGAGCUACAAGACGUGAGGCAGAAGAUUAAGGGCGCUGAGACUGACUUGUCCAAGAUCACGCCCGAAUACGAGGAGCGGAAGAACGAGGAAGCCCAGAUCCGACUGCGACGGGACGAGGCAGUAUCGGGGAAGAACCGUUUGCUCACCAAGCAGACGCGCAGCUCCCAGUUCAAGACGAAAGCAGAGCGUGAUAACUACCUCAAGCAGGAGAUCGAUGACGCUACGACGUCUCUGGGCGUGCAAAAGGCCAACGCGAUGGAUGCGGGUGAGCAGGUGAAGUCGGUAGAGGCGUCCAUCGCACAGCUGGAGAAGGCCAUCCAAGAUAUCCGCCAAAAUAUUGAGGGCUACGGCGGAAACCGAGGCACGCUUGCAGAGAAGCUAACCAAGGCUCAGGAGGCCAGGGAGCAGCUGCACGAGGAGCGCAAGAGGCUUCGGCGUGAGGAGGACAAGCUUGGCUCGCUUCUUUCCAACACGCGGUCAGAGAGGGACCAAGCAGAGUCCACGCUUUCACACUCGAUGGACUCCGCCACUGCCAAGGGCCUUGCUUCCAUCAGGCGGUUGAAGCGGGAGAGGGACAUUCCCGGGGCCUACGGGACUUUGGCAGAGCUCAUGAGCGUACCAGUCGAGGCAUACAAGCUGCCAGUAGAGCAAGUGGCGGGGAAUAGCCUGUUCCAUUAUGUCGUCGACAACGACAGGACAGCCACGAUGCUCUCGGACCAUCUCUACAAGUCUUACGGCGGGCGGCUGACGUUCAUGCCACUGGAGCAACUACGGCCCCGGCAGGUUAAGAUGCCCAGGGCGUCGGACGCGCAACCACUCAUCAGCAAGAUCGAGUAUGAGCCGGAAUAUGAGAAAGCUUUUCAGCAGGUUUUCGGGCGCACCAUCGUCUGCCCAAACCUCGCGGUCGCGUCCCAAUACGCCCGGUCCCACGGCCUGGACGCCAUUACGCCAGAAGGUGACACGACGAAUAAGAGAGGUGCAAUGACUGGUGGUUACGUCGACGCUAGGAGGUCGCGCCUUGAUGCCGUACGACGAGUUGGCCAGAUGCGAGACCUGUAUGAACAACAGUUGGCGGACAUCGACAAGAUCCGUAAGGAAAUCGAGGUCAUCGAUCAGAAGGUGACGAGCGCGAGUGGCGAGGAGCACAAGCUCGAGCAGCAAAUGCGCCAGUUUGAGUUUGGGUUUGAGCCGCUCAAGAUGGAAUUGCGGACGAAAAACGCCCAGCUGGAACGCGAGCGAGCCCACCUAGAGGCGGCUGUCGAGCGGCAGGCUCAAGUAGAGAAGAACCUCAAAGACUUGGACGACUCUAUCUCGACAUACCAGGCCGAGAUUUCCCAAGACUUUAAGAAGGCUCUGUCGGCAAACGAGGAGCGGCAGCUGGAGGAAUUCACGCUCGAAGUACAUCGGUUGCAGAGAGAGUUGAAGGAAGUCAGCAAGAAGCGAUUCGAGCUGGAAAGCCGUAAAAAGUUCCUCGAGACAGAACUGCAAAGCCAUCUCCGGCCGCAGGAAGACCAGCUGCGAAGUCAAGCUUUUGAGAACUCGACGACUGGCGGCAGCGAGAGCUUUAAGGAUGCCCAAAGGGAGCUUGUGAAAACCCAACGGGCCAUGGCCGAAGUCGAACAACAGUUGGAGGAGAACGAGCAACGGACGGAGAAGGUGGGCGGCGAACUCGCCAAGCUGGAGGCUCAGAAGUCCCAGAAGGAGCAGGAGCUGCAAGAGUUGCAAAAGCGGAUCGACCAGCACCAGAAGAGGAUGGAGAAGAACAUCCAGACGAGAGCCCGCCUGCACCAGAUUGAGUCAAGGUUGCGUAAGGUCAACGAGGCGCUCAAGAAGUACAAGCACAUCAACAAGAAGGCGUUCGAUCAAUACAACAGCUUCACCACGCAGCGUGACCAACUCCUCAAGCGGCGGAAGGAGCUCGACACGUCUCAGAUGUCAAUUGAGACACUAAUUGAACAUCUUGACCAGGAGAAGGACGAGGCAAUCGAGCGCACGUUCAAGCAAGUCUCACGGGAAUUUGCCACCAUCUUUGAGAAACUAGUCCCAGCAGGCCACGGCCGCCUCGUGAUCCAGCGCAAGGCGGAUCGGGCGAACAAGAAGGGCAACGCCGAGGAAUCAGACGAGGAGCCGACAGGUGUCGAGAGUUAUACGGGCGUGGGCAUCUCGGUCUCGUUCAACUCCAAAGUUAUGGACGAACAGCAGAAAAUCCAGCAGCUGAGUGGUGGACAAAAGAGUUUAUGCGCCCUCUGCCUGAUCUUUGCCCUCCAGGCUGCCGAGUCUAGUCCCUUCGUCAUCUUCGACGAGGUCGACGCCAACCUGGACGCGCAGUACCGAACGGCAGUAGCCAGCUUACUGAUGAGCAUCUCGGAGGAGCAGAAGACGCAGUUCAUCUGCACGACGUUCCGGCCGGAGAUUGUUCUUGUGGCAGACAAAUGCUAUGGCGUCACGUUCCAUAACAAAACGAGCACCAUUGAUUGUGUACCGACGGAGGAGGCGCUCAACUUUGUCGAUGGGCAGAAGAAGUGA